AGGGCUAUGGUUGCAUGUAGCUGCAGCCUGCGACUACGCAGUUGUUUGCUACUUGGUUCUAAUUCAGCACAUGAUUGGUUCAGCGCGAAGCGGACCCGAAGCAAUUCCUCUUUUCAUUGGUUAUUCAUACAGUUGACCAAAGCAUGGCAGAAUGCUGACUAUCGAAAAGGAUGUUGACCGCAUUUUGUAUUGAUAUCAGGGAAAAUUAAUAUUUGAUAUAUAUCGCUAUCGUUUUAUCCCUCAGCCCUAAUCGGAGCCCAUCUAAAACAGACUGGGAAGAUUUGUGGUUGUGGAAAUUAAAACCUCUAAAAAAAGAGUUUCCCUUGCAAUAAAACCAUUUUUUCUUUCUGAUGUAAACUAAUUUUGAUUCAACCUCCAUGCAUAAUUCUCUGACCCUGUCAACACCUGAUCAGCUGAUUCAGAGCCUUUACGCAAAUGUACUGGCCUUAGCUGGUGCUGUGGAUGCACACACACGCGCCCACGCACACACUAAAACUUCUGCAAAGACAGUGUUUAUAAACAAGUGGCCUACAGAUGGCAGGGUCAGUCACCCUGGGGAUAGCAGGACCUGCAGACAGGAGGGCUCAGGGUUACAGGCCUACAGCCAUCGCCGCUCACGUGGAGCAAGUCUGUGUCCGACACUGUCCACAAAUCUGUCUGCAACGAUUAAAGUGCAAAAAAUAUGAUGCAUAAUCAUUCUAACACGAAUAAUACAGAAAUAUAAACGCUAUGGUGAUCAUUGCAAAGUAAGAAGAUGCUGCAAAGAGCGCAAAGUAUAAAGCCAGACAUGGAUUCUGUAGUGGAAGAGGACGAUAUGAAUAUAAUGUGGAUUUACGCUGCAGCGACAGUGAAGCUGAAAGAAACGAAAUCCUGCAACAAUUUCCUAAACACUCGGUUGUUUGUUGCUUUUAAAACCUAAUCAUCAGUUGUUAUCGGCGCAUGGUUGGUGGAAUUUGAUUAUUUUUCCGUGUAGUGGUUUCGGUAAAAGAUUGCACGUGUAAAACAUUUGAUCCACUCCUUUCCUGUGUGUUAUAAAACUCCGUGUUUUCCGUCUCACCGAGCGGCAUAUGCGCGUAUUGCUGCUCACCAACCGACCUUGAGUGUGUCCUCGGAUUAAUUCUCGCAUGUGAUUGGUCGGUGUAGCAGGGCAGCUCCAGCCUAUUUGAUUCUGAUUGGCUUAGCGCGCUGUCAGUCAUGUGACAUUGGAUCUCUCCGCUACCCUUUCUCUCGGCGGUGGGUCGGAGCCGCUGUCCCUGGCCUCGCAUGUUCCCCUCUAAAUCCCUGUUUUGAAUUUGAUGCCCCUCUUGAACAUUUGAUCACUUUCACGCCUCUUUCGGGCCACACUCGGUGUUUUAUACCCCCCUGUUUUCAUCGUUUGGUGACUUAAACCCGAGCAUGGCAGUAGUGAGCGGAUCGUCUGGGCCGGUUGCCCGGCUCGAGGGCCGUGAAUUCGAAUACAUGAUGAAGAAGCGCUCGGUGACCAUCGGCCGGAACUCGUCUCAGGGCUCCGUGGACGUGAGCAUGGGCCACUCCAGUUUCAUUUCGCGGAGACAUUUGGAGAUAUUUACCGCCAGCGACGACGGCACGGGUAGCGGGGACUUCUACCUAAGGUGCCUUGGUAAAAACGGGGUGUUUGUAGACGGAGUGUUUCUCAGACGGGGCGCCCCUCCUCUGCAGCUCCCACGAAUGUAAGUGAACAUGUGGAUGCUAGCAACGUUAGCCGGUGUUAUGGCGAGUUUCGCUGCCUUGUAGAAAAGUGCUCUCUUCUAGGUUUCCAUUUCCUGUCGUGUUAGUCACCGAAAUGUACCGUUCUCACAAUUUUACUAUAAUUUUCAAACAUUUCUUACAAAGAAAACUUAUAUUACUUAAGGAACGAGACUAGCUGGUAUUGUUUGACUUUAAAUUAUGAUUUAAGACGCAAUAUAUAUGAGUCAAAUUUACUGUAGCCUAUGCAUUCAAAACACCCGGCAGCAUUUGUUUACACUGCACUCUGCAUGCUCGCUAGUUUUCAUGUAGUUUCUACACUCAGAUGUGUUUUUAUGUUUAUUUGUGAAAGAUAAGUCAAAAUGCACAAAAAAUCAACAAUUUAGUACAGAUACCUUUAUCAUUAGAAGUUAAAGUUGGGCAAACCAACUAAUCGUCGUGUCUGAUUUAAAGUAUUUUUUUUUUUUUUAGUGAUUUCUUUUUAGUUUUGCACUUAAAGGCCACUGUGAAAAAUAAGGCAGUAUCAACAGUACAUAGUUAGUCUUUUAAUCAGAUACUAAUGCCCAAAAUAGGUAUAUAUUAUCAAAUAAAAAUAGUCCUUUUUUUAUUAUUUUUUUAUUAAAAAAAAAUUAUAAUAAUUAUAUUAUAUAAAUUACAUAUAUGUUUAUAUUAUUUUUAAUUAUAUAUAUUAUAUUGAAUGUUAAUAAUGAAUAAUUUCAGUUUGUUUCAUGACCAGCUAAAAACUCCUAACAGUAUUUUCAAGUUGUGUUGCGCCAGUUUAGAGGACAAAUCCUGGAUUUUAGCUCUGCGCAUGCGCUUUUAUGCUAAGAGCCGCUCAGCAGCCCAUUUUGUUAAGUAGCACCAUUCGUCAGAACACCAGCCAGCUAAACUUAACAACAUUAGCCUUAUGCUGGGCAGCAGCAUUGAAGGAAGGAACCACGUGUUUAGCGUGUUAGCAAAAAGUCAACAUCCUGUUCCUAACGCCGUUUUCUUUGUUGAUAUUUUUUAUCACCAAAAGGUCAUUCAGCCGCCUGCCUUCAUCUCACAUUCCCGUCCGUGGUUAGCGUAGCGUUAGCCGCAUACCACACUUUCUGUACACAUCCUAAACCGCCGAGUUGGCUCACAGCUGUAGGGACGCUUGAGUGGAUGCUGUUUAGUGGCAGUUUUUCCUCUGUUGGUGUACGAAGUAAAGUCAGAACAUGUAUGUCCUGAGAACCCGCAAACAUCCUCUAUUGUUAUGCAUGCAGACAUGUUAGCUUUUAGCCGGCUAGCUGUACCUUGUCUUUAGUUGUGAAUGAAGCUCCUCUCGACCCCUAAACGUAAACAAACCAGUCCGUCCCCGCCCUACCGGCUCUCACAGCACAGCUUCAGGGACCUUUGGCCUUCAUUCAAAUACGCCGAUGUGUUGUUAGCCAGUGUUUUGACCAAUAAUGUACUAAAGUUAAGAGUGAAAGAAAAGUCUGAGUUUGAGAAAAACGAUUUAAAACAGAAUAAGUACUUUUCACUAGGAAGUUCAACUUACAGAGUGUUUGGGCUUUGUUGCAUCGUGCACAAUGCUGUAGCUUAUGUUGUUGUUGUUGUUGUUGAUAAAGUGCUCCUUUCCAUACAAACAUUUCACACAGAAAUCAGUGGGCCUAAACUCACUUGGAAAGCUGUUUUAACAAUUACUUUUUAAAGUGAAUGAAAUAGAUCUGACAUUUUUGAAACACAAGUGAAUCGCAAAACCUUGUUAGAGGGAUAUAAUUGCAAGCAAAUUAAAGCUUGUUUACAUUUUGACCAGCUCAAAUGUCUUCAGCUUUCUCUGUUAAGCAUUAUUUUAAAGGAGUCAAAACGAUCUGGCUUUUUUGUUGCUUAUUUUGCUUGAAACACCAAAUUUAAGUGAGGCUUUUCUGCUUAACUCUUGCCAUAUUCUUGUAAAUUUAACGCUUUUGCAGAGUUAAAUUGAGUAAUCUUUCAAUCAGUUAAUCAAUAUCCGUUGCUAAUUUAGCAUUUUUAUCCAACAAGAAGUGAAAAAUAAACCUGUUUUAUCAUUUUUAAUGUUCAUAGUUUUGCAUUUUUCUCUCUCAAGUCACAAGCACUUAUUUUUCCUGCUGCUGCAGACAACUUAAAAAUAAGUCGAAAUAGUCACCAACAAUAAUUUAGCACAGGGAUGAUUGAGAAUUAAAGAACAAUCAAAACCCACCAUUUUUAACCACCUUGUUUUAUUUGAGAUUUCAGUAGACUAGAGAGUGUCUGCAGUUUUCCCACCAUGCUUAUUUGUUGCAUGGAAAAACCUACCAGUCUGCUUCUGCCAGCACAGGCCCAACUCUCCUCUGCUCCCUGCUGUUGUGCAAUCCUUCAAUGUGAAACCACUUUUUUUUUUUUUAAAGUGCACAAAGAAAAACAUGUUUUGACUUGAUGCAAUUUCUGCACCACUAAGUUUUCUUUCUGCUUUCUUCAUUGCGCAUGAAAAUUUUCUGCAGCUGGACUUGCUUUUGUAGCUUGUAACUGCUGCUCUUUACACAUGGCAGUGCAUUUAAUUGUGCAGAAGCAAUGAGACACAAGGACGGAGUGGUUUCAGGUUUGUUUAUCGAUCAGGUCAGCAGCUAAUAAAUAGCUUUUAAUCAGCUGCAUGCACUUCCAUUAUAAGUAAGACAGCGGCUCACGUGCUGGACUGUAAUCUAUAUCACUUAAACGCGGGGAUAAGGGCUACGGUUCGACAGCAUGAGAAGACUCGCAGGGCUGCGGCCUCGGGGACGGCUCGCUCGUAUUCCAGGGAUUCCUCUUUGGUGAUGUAAACAGAGUGAGCAUAAAGGAGCAGCCUUCCCUUCCCCUCUUUCCUCCCUCCCCCCUCUGUCCUCUCCCACACCCCGCAAACUCUCCAACUCGGAUCUCUUCCUGUCUUGCAGCUCUCUUUUGUUUACAUUCUGUUUUAUUCGCAGGGCGGGCGGGGGUGAAAAUCAAGUGAGAGUUUUCAGCCCAACAGGCUUUGUUUGUCUCCGUCCUCGCAGCUCAGCAACAACUUGGUGGUGUUGUUUUUGGAGUUCAGGUCUUAGUGUUCACUCCCGGUAGAAUAAGGUUUAUACAAAAGCUUUAAUGAAUGAAGGAGAUACUCAUGGUUGAGGCUCUAAAACCGAAGUAAAUUCAGCUUUUGUUUGACAAUGAGUACAUUUCUUAUCAUGAAGCUUCAGCUACAACAAAACACUUCACCCUUAUUUUGCCUGUGUUUUCUGUGAAAGUGGGGUGCUUGUCUUGCUCAGUUGGUAAAGCGGGCGCCCCUCAUGCUGCAGUCCUUGUAGCACCUGUCCAAAGGUAAAUAAAUUCAUUAUAUCAGCACGAUUACAGCUGCAUAAAUAGCAGCCGUAGUAAAGGUUUGAUUCUCUUGUUUAAAUUAAAUUUGUACGAAAACACUUCCGAUGAUUCUUGUAGUGUUUGGGUUAGAGAUUGAGAGAACUGAUCAUAUCUUAUGGAACGGUUUUCGAAAAUAAUCUAAUUGAGCUUUUUCCCCUCAAUAUUGUGAUUUAAUAUGCGCUUAUUUUUUCAAGGUCCUCUUCUUAUGUAUUUUUCAACAAACACAAACAAUCAAUCAAUCUGUUUGCACACACACAGAGACACAGGCUCUUUCUGCUCACACACUAUCGUGCACACAUGCAAGCGCCAUCAUAUAAGUCAUGAUUCUAAUCUACAUACCAAUAGUGAGAUGUAAUCGGUGCCCAAAACUCUGGAGUCUGGACUUUUCAUUCAGCUGUGCUGCCAUCACCAUAUUGGAUGCGUUUUCCGUCGUUAUGCAGACACGGUUUGAUGUUGAAGCGCUGGUCGCUGGUGUUUUAGCCGUUCAGCUAUUGCACAUAGCUUUGUUGCGUUUUUUGAAGUGUUGAUAAAUGUUCGUAGUGUUACCUCCUGAUGUAGCAACAGUAGCAAGGCAGGUUCGGCACACGUUGUGCAGCGGCGUCUUUUUUAGCCAAAAUAAAUCCACACAACUGCCAUGCUGCCCCUCCUUGACACUAAACUUUCUUCAGUAUUAGCUUCUGUAGCGGAUUUAGGCCAUAGUGCAACAGAGUGCAGUGUUGACUUCUCUCUCUACCUGCUCUGCUUCGCUCGAAAGUCACAUGACCAGAUCACGUAACCAGUCAAAAUCGCAGCCCUUGCGGUCAGAGAAUCUCGUUUUAUCAUAUCGCGAUGUGAUCACUAAUGUCAUUAAUUGUUCAGCCCUAACACCAAACAAAUAUGUUCAUAGUGGCGCUACAGUUGAGUACUUAUGGGAGUGAAGUCAAACAAAGUGGGGCUAAGUUUUGCCAAGAAGCUUGUCAUUCAAUGUAAAAACUAAAGGUAAAAACACCCAUGACUUAAUAAAGAACUAUAGGAAACUUAAGCUCUGCAUUCAUGUAGACGGGUAAGAAGGUGGGUUAAACUUUCCCAACAGGCCGUGAACUUCUCAUAUCAUCGCCUACCUUCAGUGGGCUCUCCUCACUUUUUAAUUUUCUCUUAAUAACCAGCUCUAAUACUCGAUAGCUGGCUCGUCUGUGUUGUCGCUCAUAUGUCCAGCGGUGCUCGCUGACAGCACAGUGAAACACAGCGAAGAGCUUAAAGGAACAGAACUGCUUCAAAUGUUUUAUUAUUCAUGGAUAUAUUUAGAUCUCACGUCCUCACUCUGUCACUAACACACCAAACCUCUCUGAUGUUAUUUAGGGAUGUUUUUCGCUCCGUCACAUCUUCAGAAAAGUCUGUCCCCGUCCUGUAAGGGAAUCAAACUCUCUCUCUCUCUCCUCGCCGGAAGUGUUUCGGUCUCCUCCUGUGAGCGCCAGAGCUAAUCUGAGGUGGAGGUGUCGGGGAAACGGCUCUCUCAGCAGAUGCCAGCUCUGCGAGCGCCCGAUUAAACGAGGGAAAAGUGGUGCCUGGCGCUCUUUGACUCAGUGAAAACCAGCGAGUGUCAGACUGUCUGAUCCUGAAGGGGAUUUAAAGCAGUUUACUCUUUUCAGUGUUAUCUGUAAAGGAUUAUUCUGGACAGUUUUUUCAUUAAUCUAUGAUCGUGUAGAAGUAAAAACAGGACCUAGGCUGAGUCUGAUUUUACAAAAUCUAAAAUUAGUUCAUUUACCGGAAGGAGUUUGCCUUGAAGCUUUCUUGGCAUGGUCCCGUCAUUCCCGAGUAUUUUGUUAGUUUGUCAUUGAGUGGGGGGAAAAUAAAAGAAAAUAGAUACUAAUUAAAAAAAAAAAAAGGUUUCAUUAUUAUCAAAAUUAAAAACUGCAGUGGUGCAGUCUUUGUUCUAUGUCCUAACCUUCUGUAAUUCUUGAAGAGAUUGCUUAUACAAUUUCAUCACAGUGAACUACACUGAAUCCGCCUCAUUCUGCAAAAAAAAAUGUGGUUCAGUUCAUUGUCUGUGUCUUGACGUGUUUUCAAAACUAGCCCUGGUUAAAGGGAUAUUCUGGUGUAAAAUUAAUUUAGGGUCAAACACACCAUAACACCGAGUUAGACACCCCCUCGAGAGAGGAAUGUUGCCGACCACUUGCUUCUCUAGUUAUACCAACUUUAGUAACCACCACAGGAUAGCAAUACACAGAGCCACGCGCUCAACCAAAACGCCACUUUGUAGCCACAAAUAAUGCUAAGAACAGCACCUAACUUCAUCAACAGUACAUAUAGGGUCCCAGCCAUAGUACUAGCCACCAAACAUCUUUUUAGCUUUGCCUGAUUACUUUAGCAAAGAGACUAAACACAACUCACCUACUCUCUUCCAGCAGCCACUUGUUUGUAGCGAGACCUCGACCAGUCCAUUACGGACUACAGCGGGGUGACACAGCUCAAGGAACUAACUUGGUGUCAUGGUGUGUUUGCCCCUAAAUCAAUUUUUAGCCAGAAUAUCCCUUUAACUAAAUCUUGAUAUGCUGACUAAAAGCAAAUUUAACUUCCAGUCAGAUUGUGCUCUAUCCCCUGCUGAAGCCAUCUGCAGUAUUAAACAAAGAACUAUCUGUAAUAAAUCCUCCCUGUUUUUGUCAGUGUGUGUCUGUUUAGAAAAGGAUGUUGCAUCAGUAUGUGGAGUUAACAAACUUUGAUGUCUCUCUUGGGAAAUUAAAGUCACAUCAGAGCUCAUCAAAGUUCUCACUGAUUCGAUGAGCUCUAAAAUUGAGUUUUCAGCAUGACGCAGUUUCUGUGUGUUUCUUGUUAAGUUCCACCUUUUUCAAAAACGUCCCGCAUGUGUUUGUUAUUUUUCCUCAGGUGCACGUUCAGGUUCCCAAGCACAAACAUCAAGAUCACGUUCACGGCCCUGUCCAGCGGGAAGAAGGUGAAGCGUGAAGCUCCCGAGUCUCCAGUGAAACCGGUACAGCCGCAGAUCUCCCCGCUGACCAUCAACAUUCCAGACAACAUCGCUCACCUCAUGAGCCCGCUGCCCUCGCCGACUGGCACCAUCAGGUACACGCCGCUGUGAAUGUUCAGAGGGAAAAACACUGGAAACCAAAACAGCCAAACACUGAACUAAAGCUUUAUUUCCUGGGGUUUAAACUCAGUAAAAGAAAGUUUGAAGUCAAAUGUCAUUCAGAUCUUUCCAAACCAUGCCCCCUGUUUCACAUAUUUGUGGUUUUUCGUGGCUGUUUAAGGCUUCCAGCUGCAGGAAAGUGCAAAAAAAGUCCAGUCCAAGUCUGCUUCUUACUCCAAGUGUGUUAAAACCAUUACAGAAAGGAUCCUUUUCAAAUGGAGAUGAUUAUUUUAGGACAUGAACAGCUGUUACAUGACGCUCUUCAAAUCUGACAGACUUGAUUGACAAAAAUAAUCAUUAUUAUCCAAGAACAAGAGAGCCUCUUAUGCUUUCUCUGUCUCGAUAGGUGUUGUUGUGUUACAAAGUUGUCUUGAACCAUCAGAAGAAACACACUAUAAUACAAACAAAUAAACUGAUAAACACAUCGGUAAAGCAAAAAGUCUUUUGUAAUCGUGGUAAAAUGACAGUUUUUGUCAAUGGAGUCUGGUAACUUGAAGACAGCGAAGUAACAGCUGGCUGUGGUUGUAAAAAAGCGUCUUAUACUAAGGAAAAAAAAACGGCCAUCUGUGUAGAAAUCCUUACUUUUAAUGUCAGACACUUAAACAGCAAUCUCAGUGACAAAGAUGAGUACUUUUAAUGGGUUCAGUGUGAAUUAAAAACAAGCUUAGCUGCUCAUGUCUGAGGAUAUCAAAGUCUUUAACUUCAAUUUAAAAAACCUGGCUUUUAGAAUACAACUCAAAAUUAAUGAGAGAGCAAAGAGCAAAAGAUGAAGCGUCUAUGAUGAGGUAACUUCACCUCGUCAGUCAAACAAUUACACAACUUUCAGUCUUUUGUUGUUCCUGGAGACUCUGAUACCUGAGUGGUGUACGGUUUUAUAAGUGCUGUUAUAUUUAACCCAGACCUUCCACAGUAAAAUAAAACAAACUUGAACUGAUUUCAGGCCACAUAUGUUGGAUCAGUACUUCUCUGUUGUAGGAGUCUCUCCCGCUCCACCUCCAGGUGACCUUCAGCUGUCAGCUGACCUUGACGUGGCCCCUGUGUGGUGAUCAGCUUAGGCUUAGUUGAAAGAGUACAGGGCUCAGAAAGGGACUCACUCCCAUCUCAGACACUCCGAUCCUCUCAACCUCUGAUCUCAGACAGAUGGCUCCAAACCAACAACCCCUGUCCUACAUAUAGAGGUGAUUUUAUUUAGUGUUGUGAAGGUAAUGAGAGGAGGCAGGUGUGGGAAACAAACAUCUCUAGAGCGCCCAAGGGUUCAAAACAGACAGAAAACAUGGAAAUGAUCCUUUAAAUUUAGUCAUUUCAUUCACUGCUUUCUCAGUCCAUCACUGAAGAUCAAAUGUGUAGAUGCUGUUGGCCUGAAUCUUGUGGUCACAGAUUGCAGCAUUUCCACGGAGGUAGAGCUAUUUGCAUAGAUGUAGGCCAAAAGUGAGCCACUGCAGCACAGACUGCAGAUAGACCGAGCCAGAGACAGCACUGUGCUACUUCUGGAUGACACCUAAGUUAUCGAUGAGAUCACUUUUUGUCUCUUUCUAUAAGUCAGAGUUUGGUUUCAGAUACACUGAUGUACCAAAAGUGUGUCUUUAAAUGUCCUGAUCGACCUUUUAGGCCCCUGAUCCUGAUCUGAGCUUUUUUUUUUUUUCAAAUUCAGAUUACCCGCCAAGACCAAGUCCUGACAUGCAUUAGUUUCACGUUUAUUUUCUCCACAUGUCCAGCAUCUCCUCUAUGACCGGCUUUAUAAGAUCCACUAAAUUGGUAUGCAUGUGAUACUGCACGCUUAAACUGGAAAAUGUCAGAAACAGUCCAGUGGGCAGUUAGGCUCAGCAAUAACCAAACAAACAUCAGGGUUGAUGGAACAGACUGUCCUGUAUUUAUGUUUGCGCCUUUUUGAACGACAUGUCCCUGGAAAGUUACCAUAGGCUGCUGUUAAGUGGUUCCUGCUGCUGUGAUCGAUCUGACCGUGCACAUGUGUUCACUAAGGCUCCACAUGUUUUAUUUUGAUUCAUUCAUUUUGACUAAUAGUUGACUUUCUGUUAAAGACUUUACUCAGUUCAGGGCUUGACAGUAACUUUUUUCACAAGGCACAUGUGCUCCCAAGUUGAAAAAUAAGGAGCACACAAAGAAUUUUAGGGGAACAAAUAAUGUUUGUCUUAUUGGUCGACAUAAGUACUAUUAUUUAAAAUCAAUUAUAGGUCUUUUGGUUACAUGACAUGGAAGCUAUUGAAUGAAAACAGCCUUUUUUUAAAAACAUCAACCGGUAAUUUAUUGUUGGUCCCUUAUUCAACACCCGAUGUUAACAGCGAGGUUGCGGAGUAGAUUUAAUCGCGCUGCUGUUGCUAUUACCGGCUAUGGAGAGUGAGGGGACACCGGUAGAUCUGCAGUGAAUGUCCAACUUCACCGCUGUAUUUACAUGAAAAAGCAUUUGUUGCAUUGGCUGAUUUUAUUUUUAUGCCCACAUGUGCCCCUAAAUUCAUUUUACAAUUCGCACACAUCUAUUUUUAGUCGCAAAUGCGAGUGAAACGGUCGCACUGUCAUUCCCUGCAUUUACAGCUCAUAUGAACAAUCAGGGAUGAGAUUAAUUUGCUCAAACUCCUGAUCCUAGAUCAGACGAGAAGUGAUUUGUUGAAGAUGUGUAAACUUUCCUUAGGGUGGAUGGCAAUUUGCGCCCUCCAGCAUACCAAAACAAUCAACAAACAAGUUAGCAAGAUGCUAACCGGUCGUAUGUUGAAAACAGGCUCUGCGAAUGUUUGUUUUUUGGCGUUUUCUGUUAAGCAUGUACAGAGUUUGGGUCAGAUCGUACGCAUGCAAGUGAAAAUCAAAGCCUUCAAGUAUUAUCUAGCUAUGUUGGAUCAACCUCUGGAAAUUUGACGAACUUGUUCAUGUGUAUUUGAAAGUGAAGUUUCAGUCAGACCCGUGCAGUAGAAUGUAAACAAACUGAUUAAGAGGAGUUGAAGAGAGCUUGCUCUGCUAAAGAAAACAAGAAAAAAAAGACUUAAAAGACUAGGGGUGCGACUCACGAGUGGCCCCAUGAUACGAUAUUAUCACGAUACUUGGGCCGUGAUACAAUAUUAUUGCGAUUUUUACCAUUUUGCAAUACAGUGAGUAUUAUAUAUUGCGAUUUAUACUGUUUUUUUUUCAACUGUUAGGCUAAUUUAGCAUUUGUCUUUCUUUUAUGUUUGUCUUAUUUACUCAGUAUCUUAGUUUCAUGUAGCACAUCUAGCAAACCUUUAAUAUAUAUAUUUGUUGCACUAACUUUCUCCUGCUCUAUAAUGUCACCUCUGCCAACUUCACUGGACAAACAGUUGAUUUUAUUUUUCCAUGAUCAUAGAUUUGACUUCAUAUCAGCAAUUAACUUGAAAAAAUCGACACUUGGUAAAUGAGACGACACGAUAAAUCACCAGACAAAAUAUCGCGAUACUAUGCCGAAUCAAUCUUUUUCUCCUACCCCUGAUAAAGACGGAGCAGAGAAAAAAAACACGUGUUGUGAUAGUUAGUCACACAUAUAGGUGAUUUCAUACACAUCACCCAGCAAACCUUGUCUUUAAUUCUACCACACCCUUAUUACACUCGUUGCUUAUUUGACCGUUGGUGUGAGGGGUAAAUCCUCUAAUUUAACCACAAUGCACAUUUCUUUGUCACUUACCUUCAUUAGUUCAGCAUUCAGCUGCUGAUUCUCUCACCCUCUCUGCCCGCAGUGCUGCUAACUCGUGCCCCUCCAGCCCGCGGGGGGCCGGCUCCUCAGGCUACAGGAUGGGCGGUCGUAUGGUCAGCUCCGCAGAGCUGCAGCUCAUCAACGACAACUCUCAGCCUGAGAACGACAAAGACGCCUCUGGAGGGGACAGUCCUAAGGUGAGAGGAGACCUAAAGGAGAGCCUGACCUUCAGUUUGGUUUUUUGCUGAUAAUGUCAUAUGAGAUGAAGACAGCUGCCUGUGCAUUUGUAGUCCCACUCAUGGAUGUCUGCUCUUCUCCACAGGACGACUCCAAACCUCCGUACUCCUAUGCACAGCUGAUUGUCCAGGCAAUCACUCUGGCGACGGACAAGCAGCUCACACUAAACGGAAUCUACAAUCACAUCACAAAGAAUUACCCAUACUACAGGACUGCAGACAAGGGCUGGCAGGUGAGGACGCUGCGAUGAGGCCACAUGUGCACAGACGCCCUUUGUGCGAAGUGUACCUGUAAAAUUCACUCAAAGAUAAUCCUUAAAACUCUUCAUUUGGUCCUCCUCUGUCCCAGAACUCGAUCCGUCACAACCUGUCCCUGAACCGCUACUUCAUCAAAGUGGCAAGGUCGCAGGAGGAGCCGGGGAAAGGCUCAUUCUGGAGGAUAGACCCGUCCUCGGAGGCGAAGCUCAUCGAGCAGGCCUUCAGGAAACGAAGGCCCCGGGGUGUCCCCUGCUUCAGGACCCCACACGGACCCCUCUCUUCCAGGUCAGGAGUGCCACUUUGCUAUCAUUUAUCAUACAUUCUAGACAAAAUGUCAUCUCUAUUUUGUCUGUAACUCACCUUUCGAACCUCUCUGACCCCCAGGAGCGCCCCAGCGUCUCCCAAUCACUCAGGCGUCCUCUCCGCCCACUCCAGCGGCGUCCAGACCCCCGACAGUCUGUCUCGAGAGGGUUCUCCUGUUCCCAUGGAGCUGGACACCUCCUCUGCUCCUGCUCCGGCCUCCACCCCGACAGCCCAACCCAAACUGGCGGUCAUCCAGGAAGCACGCUUUGCACAAAACACACAAGGUAUUCAACACGUCAUGUUUUCUGAAGGCCGUGACUCACGAAAAAUAAGGAAACACACCUCCAUGUUCUCUUCUGUCAAAAUAUCCAACAUGCCUCUGUGUGUGCACUCCAGGCUCACCUGUUAACAACCAGCCGGUCCUCAUAGCGGUGCAGCGUCCAUUACCUCAGACCAUAAAGCCCAUGACCUACACCAUGGCGUCCCCGGUGAGCACCAGCACCUCCCAGCCAGCGGUCCAGACAGUCCACGUCCUGCAGCAGAUCCCCGCAGGCUCACUCAGCCCCGCUGCCGUCAUCACCCAGCCGGCCGCCAUCGUCAAGAACGAGCCUCAGGAGAACGGAGAGCACGCAGAGGUCAAAGGUAAGGGGAAGGUUUUAUCUGCUCACAAUAAGCAAAUCUUUGGCAUCAUUUUUGGAAAAUCCAUUUUCUUUACUCAUGACCUUUUAUCGUCCUGUUUGUUUCCAGUCAAAGUGGAGACAGUCCCCACCAUUACCUCUAUAGGCGGCUCCAGUCGUAUCAUCCAGACCACCCCACAGACCGUCACCAUCGUGCAGCCCGCACCUCUUGGUCAGCACCAGCUGCCCAUCAAGGCCAUCACACAGAACGGCACCCACAGCAUCACCACUGCCAUCCAGGGAGCCGGCAGCUCUGGUAAGGAAUCAGUUUGUUGUUUGGUUUCAGAUAAAAUUCACUUGGUUUGAAUUUGUUAAAUUUGGAUAUCGUACAGACGACAAAUCAGCCACACAUCAGCGAAGAUGGAGAGAGGAAAAAAGGAGUGUGUAAAUCCAGGAGUGUCUGAGAAGCCAAGGGACAGAAUGAAAGAGAGAGGGUGUACCAAGCAUUUACUAGACAACAACUAAAAGGUCUUGAUGUUAAAGAGAUAUUCCGGCGUAAAAUUAAGAUCAAACACACCGUAACACCGAGUUAGACACCCCGCCAAGAGAUUAAUGUUGCCAACUGCUUGCUUCUCUAGUUAUACCAACUUUAGUAACGACUGCACGAUAGCAAUACAGAGAGACAUGCGCUCAACCAAAAAGCCGCUCUAUAGCCACAAGUAAUGCUCAGAACAGCACCUAACUUCAUCAACAGUACAUAUAGGGUCCCAGCCAUAGCACUAGCUACUAAACAUCUUUUUACCUUUGCCUGAUUUCUUUAGCAAAUACUACUCACCCACUCUCUUCCAGCAGCCGCUUGCUUGUACGGAGAUCUCCAGGCGAUUCCAUCUAAUGGAGCGGGGUGACGCAGCUCAAGGAAGAACACUUAUGAUCGUUUCUUAAUCAUGUCCUUGAAGUAAUAAUCACCAUAUGAAUCAAUUUGCACUGCAGACACGGUAGUUCAUCUGCCUUAGCGUCUUGGUCUGAUUGCAUUUCCAUGAAGAAAUUAUCAUAAAUGUUCUUCCUUGAGCUGCGAACCCCCGCUGUAGUCCGUAAUGAACUGGCCUGAGGUCUCGCUAGAUCUGCAGCCUGUGAUUGGAUCUAAGUGAUAAAAGAGCUGAAAUCCUUCAGAUUUCACUGAUUUGUUUCAUACUUUAUCAUCAGGCUCGUUACAUUUGUACCAUAAUGAUAGGGUUUCCUCCAUUAACCCCGCCCCCUGUUCCCUUUUCAGCUACAGUCGUAGCGAGUCCCCUCCACCUGCUGGCCACCCACGCCUCCGCUUCAGCCUCCCUCCCCACCAAACGACAAAACGGGGACCAGGCAGCCAGUGAACAGCAGGACGCCAAACGCUGCAAAACAGAGAGCGACGAGGCGACCCCGCCCGCCAACACCGCAGACUCGGACUCGUCAGUGGCUAACGACUCCAGCAGCCUCGAUUAGUCUGUACAACCCACACACCACAAACCCCGCCUCCACAUCCAUCACCACUCUGUCUCUCCUCCCUCACAGUUUCUCUCCCGUCCCUGUCGUUCGUUUUUGUUUCUCCUUCUUCUUCUUCUUCUUCUUCCUCCACUGACUCCCGAGGUGCCAAACGGAGACGUUUCUUUUAUUUCACUUCCUGUUUGAGAGCGUCAAAAGGAAAAGAAAGUCCACCCCUUUACAGACCGGGUCGAGAUCAAACAAAGAACUAAAGGUGUCACCUGUGAGCCGCUGAAACAGGAGAGUGACUCAAACCAAGAUCACAGGAAGCCUUAACAACUUUAACCCUUAAAGAGCUGACCUUUGACCUCACGCCCUGCAGCGGGGAGAGUCUGCUCGGCUUGGGCCGGACGCCGCCUUUCUGUCACCUCUACCUCAGUGCAGAUGGGAGACGCCGGCAGCCAGCGGAGGACAAAGCUCUUCCCGUCUGCCGGGUUCUGUCGGGACGGCUCUGGACCAACGGAGCGGCGAGCAAGAUGAGAGCGGACGGUUAGAAAACAGAAAUCCAGAAAGGGAUCUAACUCGGAGCCAAUAUUCCUGAAACUGGCAGCUAGCCUCUCACAUACUGACCUUCCUUUAUCGCAGCUGUACGUAGAUAUGCAGUAUUUUGUUGUCCAAAUGUGGAGCAUAGGAUUUUUUUAAUGUCUUUUCACUUAUCUAGAUAAUUUAACAAAAGGAAGCGUACAAACCGACGAGGUCGAAGACAUUUCGGUCAUUAAGUUAGACUUUUUUUUUAUGUGGACUUCUUUUUUUUUUCCGUUCGGUGAAACAGUGUACUAGUUUUCGUAAUAUUUGUUUCCUCUUUUCCCCUCGUUCUGACAUAUCCGUAUAAAAUCUCGCUUAGUUAUUCCUACAUAUUUUACUACUUGCACAGAUAACCGAUAUAAGCAUAUGAACUCUCCAUGUGUAGUUCCAGAUGUUGACCUUUGCAUGUUUCCGACAUCAAGAGAAAAGUUGUAAAAGUGAACAGAGGAGAAAAAAACGCUUUGUCCAAACCAGACCUGCACUUGAUUCAAUGUUUGUGUUCUCAUCUCCCCCUCUCCUCUUUUGAUUUCCCCCCCACUAUCCUUCACCACCUCCUCCUCUUCCUCCCCCAUCAGGCUGUGUUGACGUCGUGGUGUUGGCAGACCCCUCCUCGCCCACCCCCCUUCCUCCUCUUUGCUCGAUUAUUUUACUCUGUUCUGGCGACCCGGCGAGUCUGUUUUCUGAUUGUACACGUUCCAACAAUAGUAAAAAAAAAAAUUGAUGUUUGUUCAGCUUCAGUGGAGAAAUGCUUUUUUUUAAAUAAAUUAAUUUAAAGCCCUU